CGCCGUUGACUAGAACAGCGAUUAGUGGAGAGGAGGGCGGGCGGGGAGCGGCGCAGCGUCGGCUGCGCUGCGCUGCGUGCGCCGCCGCCCUCUGCUCCCGCACGCGCGAGGCGUCAAGCGCGCGGCGGCGCACAGGAAAGGACACGGCGGCGCCGCGGCGGCGGGCCCCAGCUUGGUAGCUGGCCGUGAAGCCACGUCACCCACAAGAGCAUGCGUGCGUGUCAUACACAGCCACAGGAAGGAGGGGGAAAAAACAUGCGGUGCAAAAUGCUCCUCCCCUCCCGCUCGGGAUGUCCUCCGGGCCCAACCAAAGCCAUCCGCGCCGCAGCCGGCGCAGCGCAGCGCAGCGCAGCAGCCAUGGCCACCUCUUCCUCGCCGCUCGCCGCGCUCCACUCCUCCUUCCUCUCCUCCACUCCUUCCCCGCCGUGCAACGUGGCGGCGCCCCCCCGGCGGCGGAGGGUACCGUACCCUCGCAUCCGGGCCAUUGACCUCGACCAGAACACGAUUGUGGCCAUAUCGGUGGGCGUCGUCAGCAUCGCCGUCGGGAUAGGUGUCCCCGUCUUCUACGAGACCCAAAUCGACAAUGCUUCAAAGAGGGAGAAUACACAGCCGUGCUUCCCCUGCAGCGGCUCUGGCGCACAGGUAUGCAGGUUUUGCACUGGAAAGGGCAUCGUUACUGUAGUGCUUGGCGCAGGCGAGACUGAAGAAUCAAAGUGUGUCAACUGUGAUGGCAUCGGCUCUUUGACAUGCACCACAUGCCAAGGCUCUGGGAUCCAACCACGCUAUCUUGACCGCAGGGAGUUCAAGGAUGACGACUGAAUGAAGGUUUUGUUUUAAUAUUUCUUGUGGGUGUGCCGGAAGAUGUAAAAUCACUGCCUGAUUUGAGGACGGCGUUGCUUAUUCAGAAGAGCUGUACGUGUACCUAUCAGCCAUCAGGAUCCCAUGCAUCUGAUUGUUUUGUGUUGUGUUACCUGUGUAUCUGUCCCAGUUCGGUAAAUACAUAUAUGGCAGCGGAGAAGAUGACUCGAACACAAGUGUUGGACGUUUUGCGACUGAUGUAAAUGUAAUAUUACCGUGUUCGUUUAACGUUUGGAGUUUACUGGCCCUAAUAAUCUGUAAGUGCAUGCUGGAUUACUGCAUUGGGGAAAAGGCAUUCGUGUCUCACCAAAAUAGAUUGGCGAAAAUAAAUUUUU